AUGAUUCAUAUAGCAGUCCUCUUUUUAUACUUCUUAAACAUUUUGCAAGCUGAACACGUUUGGUUUGUCAAAUUUCCGUCUAAAGAUGAUCAUUUAUCUCAUAUUGAAAAAUCAUUUCCUUUGAUCGAUCUUUUACAACAUGAUUAUAAUGACUCGUCCUACGUAUUUCUUCUGCCAAGCACUUAUCAAACGAAACUUAGACGUUUGAUUCAUCAGGCGAAUGGAUCUUAUCGAAUUUUAUCGAAUAACGCAAGAAAUACGUGGAAAGUUUCUCCAGAUCGACCAAAACGCUCAGUUUUAUCUGAUAAUCCGUUAGAUGAAAGUUAUUACCAACGUUUUCCUACCUACGAUGAACAUCAAGAAUGGCAACAACUUCUUCAAAGUUCUCCGCAAACUCAAAAACUCAUUCGAUUACAUACGAUCGGUCAAACCUAUGAAAACCGUUCGCUUACAGUCGUUCAAAUUCACACUAAUUACCCUCGUCGAAUCCAGGGACGACGCAAACGUAAACAAGCGAUAUAUAUCGAUGGAGGUAUGCACGCUCGAGAAUGGCUGUCGGUCGGUGUUGCUAAUUAUAUUCUCAUUCAAUUUCUUCUUCUACGUGAAAGUGAUCCCAAAGUUCAUGAAAUUCUACGACAUUUCGAUAUCUUUGUGUUACCCAUGAUGAAUCCCGAUGGUUAUGAAUAUUCUCGAACACAUAAUCGUCUUUGGAGGAAGAAUCGCUCCCCGACAAGUCAUUCCGAAUUUUGGAAUGGAGAUCAGAAUUGUUACGGAGUGGAUUUGAAUCGGAAUUUUCCCUAUCAGUGGAAUAGUACCUAUGGUGCAUCCAGUCAUCCGUGUUCACAUUCAUACCGUGGAAUAAGUCCAGCCUCAGAAAGUGAAGUUGAAAGUGUGGUGAAUUUCCUGCGACGACAAAGAAUUUCCCAUCCAAAAUUUUAUGCAUAUUUCAAUCUACAUUCUUAUGGGAGAUUCUGGCUAUUGCCAUGGACUUACACGAUGUUAGAACGCGUCACGAAUUACGAUGAGUUGUUCGAACGGAGUACUCGCGUAGCAAAUGAGGUCAUGAAUCAAACAUAUCGCGUAGGCCAAGCAUCGUUUUUACUGUACCCAUGUAGUGGUACUAGUAUCGACUUCGCUUCGACAUUCAUGUCGCAUGCAAUGACAUUUGAAUUAUCACCGAUCUUCCAGGGUUUACCAAUGUGUGUCGAACAGAAUAAAACUGUUAAUCAUGGUUGUACGGUUGGCUUCUUAAUCGGUCCGGAGAGUAUUCAGAUCGAUGGAAACGAAAUUUUUAAAGCUAUUAUCGAAUAUCUAUAUGCACUUGUACAAGAUCAUUUUGUUUAG